AUGUUACCAGAUCAGGAAAAAUUAAAUAAAAUUGCAUCACACUGUUAUAAAUUUUGGGCUGAAAUAUUAAUUCAAGAACCUCCAUCAAGACCUAAUAGUUUAAUGAAUGAUCAUAAAAUUAUUGUUGAGAAGUUAAAUGAACUAAAAAAUAUACUUUCUUCUAAUAGAGAAAAAGACAAUUUGGAAAUAAUUAAUCGUGAAGAUAAUUUAACAACUUUUAAAAAAUGGUGUAAAGAUGAACAGAUAUUUUUUGAUAAAGUUGAUAUUAUUAAAAUCGAUGAUAAUAACUAUGGUCUCGUUUCAACAGAAGAUGUUAUGGAUAAACAAGUUUUAAUCAAAGUUCCUCGUAAGGCAAUUUUUUCAAUUGAUACAAUUCAUGAAAAUCCAAUUUAUAAGAAAAUUAUUGUUAAUGAUAUAUUAUUAAGUAACAUGAAUAAUGUAGCUCUUGUAUUUUUCAUGUGUAUUGAAAGAUUAAAUAAAGAUUCGAAAUGGCAGGAUUAUUUUAAUAUUCUUCCAACUAAAUUUACUACACCAGUAAAUUAUACAAUUGAAGAACUUGAGUUACUCAAAAAUACAGUAAUUUAUGAAGAAUCUUUAAAAACAUUUCGUCAUUUUGCUCGUCAAUAUAUUUAUUUCCUUCAAAAACUUUAUGAUGAAUCAUCAAAAGAUUAUUCAAAAUUAAGUAUUAGAUUGGAAGACUUUACAUUUGAUUUAUUUUUAUGGGCUGCUAAUAAUGUAACAACUAGAAUUAAUCAUAUUCCAUCAGAAAAUGAUCAAAAAAGUAUACCUUGCCUUAUUCCACUUUUAGAUUUUUCUAACCAUUCUGAUGAUUCAAAAAAUAUAGUUGAUUUUUCUAUUGAGGAUAACUGCGCUGAAACAAUUGCUGGUAACGCUUUAAAAAAAGGAAAUAAUAUAACAAUUGUAUAUGGUAAUAGAAACAACUACAGUUUAUUUUUGGCUAAUGGAUUUUGUCUUCAAAUACCUGGUAUUAACGAUGUGUUCAAACUUAAAUUAUCUUUUCCAUCAACUUUUAUUGAAAGUGAUUUUAGAGUAAGAAUCUAUCGAAAAACAACAGACAUUUUUACAUGUACUCAUGAUGAUUUAAUUCCUGAAAAUUUGCCAUUAUUUUUAAAACUUCUUGUAUCAGGAUUGCCACAAGAUAUAAAUUCUGAGGAUACAGGAAAAAAGGCAAAAAAAUAUCUAUUUGAUAGAUUGAACCUUUUAAUGAAGGCUACUUAUUCAAAAGUUGGCGAUGAUUUACCAAAAGAUAUGCCUUUUACUUUAAAACAGAUUCAUCUUUAUCUUGCAUCUGAAAAGAGAAUAGUUUCAAAGAUGCUUGAAAAGCUUAGAAAUAUGGAAACUUUGUAG